UUCUUGAGCGUGUCAUCGGUUUACUAGUGCCAAAAGCUGGUUUGCCAUCCGCCGUAUGAGUAGAAGUAGAAGAAGAAGAGCAGCUGCUCAUCCAUCAUCUUACUCGGUGAUAGUGAAUGUUUUAUCGAGACGGAGGAGAAGAAUCUUCACUUUUUCUUCGUCGUCUUCGACGGAUCGUCUUUUCCUGAAGACUCGAUGUUGAUAAAGUAGUAGAUUUUAGUGUUUUAAACUAAUCUUGGAGAUUUCGCAGUGCUGAAUUAAGAUGAAAUUCCUCUUCGUAUUGGUGUUCUCAGUCUCAGUCACUCUGUGUGAUGCUGAGCUGAAGUUGGAGGCAACUGUUGGAGAAAAUGUCACUAUAUCCUUCAAAACUGCUGAACUGGAGAGAGUCGAUCAAGUGAGGACAACUUUUAAAGGAGAAAAUGGUAAAAAGUUGGUUGCACGCUACUGUCGCUGUGCUGAUUGUGGACACUGUAUUCCUGUGGGAACACCUGGAGUCUCACUGAGAAUUGAAGAAGGAACCGCGUCCUUGAUUCUUCUGGACGUCAGCUCCAGUAACUCAGGUCUCUAUGAAGCACAAGUGUUCAACGGAAACAAUGUGUCUGAGAUACAAGCUACACUUGUUGUCAAAGAACCAGUAUUGUCCUCCACCAAAGAGUCACCACAGACCUCCUCCCCAAAACCUCCUGACUCCUCUGGACACCUGUGGCUGUGGCUGUGUGCUUUACUGAUUCUUCCAGUGUUGACUGUGAUCGGUUUCCUCUUGUUUAAGAAACGCAGGAGGGAUCAUGUGGCACUACCUUAUACUGAAGAAACCUCUGCUGUCUCCAGCGCAGCAUCUUCAAAAAAAUACAUGGAAAGAAAUUGCACUGAUUGUGUAGCGGUCUCCUUCAAGACUUGUAGAGAAGAGACUGAAGAUCAGCUCCUGACUUGAUUCUGAGUGUCUCGAACACAAGCGAUGUCUCACACUUCCUCCUGAACUUAACCUAAAAACCACAUUAAGUUUCUUUUAAACCAAAUUUUAAAAUGUAACACUUUGUUUCGUAUAACAAGAAAGAAAGCAGUUUGUGAUUAUCGAAUGGGAGGUGUGUUACAAAUAAUGUUAGGUGAAGGGAAAAUCAUGGACCUGGCAACCCUUGCUUGAACUUUAUAAAUAUUGCAAUAAUUUCUACACGACACAUGACUGGAGAGACAGAGUCGACCGAUCAUCAGCGGUUUCUAAACUAAGAUAAAUGCUUUUAUUUACCAAAGCCUGUUACUGUCCGUUACAUACUAAACAUCAUCCAGACCCUUCAGCAUUAAUCACACUCUCGGUCUAAAUCUGAUUCUUGUGCGUUUGUCUGAUUGGAGUCCAGUCGUAUUUAGUAAAACUGUGAACACCAGACACAAGCGUGGUCACACACACACACACACACACACUUCUAGAAGCAGUUUACUCUCGAAAACUCAACAUCACUGACACAGAAACCAACGCAGAUAUUCCAGAAAAUAAAAGACAAUCAUUAAGAUACGACUCCAGUCAGAUGCACAAAUACUCCGAGCUGGACUGAGAGAUAAUGAGGAAAAGUGCUGGUAAAAUCACUCUGGAUCCUCACACCCAGCACUCUCUGUCUUUGACCUGUUGACCUCUGGCCGGCGCUGCAGAGCACUGAGCCCCAAAACAAGAACAGACACAGGAACAGCUUUUCCCCGCUGCAUAUCCCACCUGAACAACACC